UGACAACCAGACUGACAAGAUAGGAACAACUUGUUAGAUGGAUUUAUUAAUGUGAUAAAAUGCGAAAUUAUUUAUACUGCGACGUAAAUAUAAUUUUUAAUGUAAACGUAAAAAUAUGAAUACCGAGGACAGUCCUUUAAAUUAUUUAUGGAUAAUCUCCGAAAGAAAAAUAGUGUUAAGUUGAAGAGAAAGUGUCGUGAAAUCGGACAGUCGUCGCCUUCAAUGAUGUGGAAGAGGUCGAUUGUGCAAGCGACGACUGGGUGCGCGCGCGCCACCGCGGCCCUGGCCAUGCUGCUCACUGUAUUCGCGAGUACAUGGCGGGGCGGAGCAUGUGCGGACCUGGUGAUUGAGAUCCCAGGCUCGGUGGGCGGGGAGGCGGAGGCGGACGGCGGCCGCUACCGGCUGGACUACCGGCCGCCGCACGGCACGCCCCCGCCCAACUUCACGGUGCCGGCGCGCGCCAACACCAUCAACUUCCAGGGCCUGCCGGGCACCAAGUACCACUUCAUGCUCUACUACUCCAAUGCCACAUUCGCCGACCUCUUGACAUGGAACCAAACAAUCAUUACUGCCCCGGAGCCGCCUACAAACUUGACGGUGACACUAGGGCGCAACAAACAAGCGCACAUAUCGUGGUCGCCCCCCGCACACGGUGACUAUACCGGGUUUAGAUUUAAGGUGAUCCCGCUGACGGAGCGCGCGGAGGGCGGCGCGAACAACAUCACGGCGGAGGGCGCCGCCACCAACCACACGCUGCGCGACCUGUCGCCCGGCGCCACCUACCAACUGCACGCCUUCACGCUGCUGCACGACAAGGAGAGCGCCGCGUACGCCUCGCGCAACUUCACCACCAAGCCCAACACGCCGGGCAAGUUCAUCGUCUGGUUCCGCAACGAGACCACGCUGCUGGUGCUGUGGCAGCCGCCGUACCCGCCCGGCGCCUACACGCACUACAAGGUGUCCAUCGUGCCGCCCGACGCGCGCGACUCGGAGCUGUACGUGGAGAAGGAGGGCGAGCCGCCGGGGCCGGCGCAGGCCGCCUUCAAGGGCCUGGUGCCGGGCCGCGCCUACAACAUCUCCGUGCAGACGGUGUCGGAGCCCGAGAUCUCGGCGCCCACCACGGCGCAGUACCGCACCGUGCCGCUGCGCCCGCGCAACGUCACCGUGCCGCUCGCCGACCUCAAGGAGACCUCCUUCAAGGUCACCUGGCUGCCGCCGCUCGAGGAGAGCGAGUUCGAGAAGUACCAGGUGUCGGUGAGCGGGACCGGCGGCGGCGGCCGGCGCCUGGCGCCCGUGGUGCGCGCGCGCAACGACACGCCCGCCUGCGCCUUCGAGGGGCUGGAGCCCGGCGCGCCCUACACCGUCACCGUCAAGACCAUGUCCGGCAAGGUCACGUCCUGGCCCGCCGCCACCGACCUGACCCUGAAGCCGCUGCCGGUGCGGGACCUGGCGUGGCGCUACGCGGCCGACGGCGCCGUCGACCUCUGGUGGGCGCCGGCGCCCGCCAGCACGCAGGACGAGUACAAGGUGUCGUACCACGAGGCGGGCCCGUCGCGUGACGACAGCAACACGCUGAGCACGGCCGAGCCGCGCGUCACGCUGCGCGCGCUGCUGGCCGGCCGCAACUACAGCGUGUGGGCGCCCGCCGGGCCCCGCGCGCGCGCCGCGCUGGACGGCCUGCAGCCGGGCCGCGCCUACAGCGUGUCCAUCGCCGCGCACUCCUACAACCUCAGCUCCGACGUGUUCACCAUGGACACGCGCACCCGUCCGCUCAUCCAGUCGGAGAUGACCAUCGUCAACGAGCCCGGCACCGACGACGACAACGACACCGCGUCCACCACGCUCAAAGUGAUCUACACGCGUACGCCGGGCUCCGCGUCGCAGUUCGACUCGUACCGGUUCCAGCUGGAGGGCGCCGGCGCCGAGCCGCGCUGGAGCACGCGGCCCGCCGACGCAGAGGGCCAGGCCGUGGAGUUCUCGGGGCUCGUGCCGGGCCGCCUCUACAACGUCACCAUGUGGACCGUCUCCCACAACGUCACCUCGCACCCCGUGCAGCGCCAGGCGCGACUCUUUCCCCGGCCCAUAACGCAGCUGAACGCGACGGAGAUCGGCGCUCGUGAGAUAACGCUGGCGUGGGACAAGCCGGUGGGCGACUACACGGACUUCGAGGUCCAGUACCUCACCGACGUGGACCAGUUGCAGACGCUCACCACGGAGGAGCUCGGCAUCAAGGUGGAGGCCCUGCGGCCGCACAGCGUGUACACGUUCACCGUGGUGGUGGUGGCGGGGCGCGGCGGCGCGCUGCGCCUGACGUCGCGCGGGCGCUCCGCCGACGUGCGCACGCGCCAGGCGCCGCCCGCGCCCGCCGCGCCCGCGCCCGCCGCCGCGCGCACGUCGCGGCCCGUGCGCGUGGCCGACUUCAUCGACCACUACCGCCUCAUGUCCGCCGACUCCGACUUCAGGUUCAGCGAGGAGUUCGAGGAGCUGAAGCACGUAGGGCGCGAGCAGCCCUGCUCGGCCGCCGACCUGCCCGUCAACCGGCCCAAGAACCGCUUCACCAACAUCCUGCCCUACGACCACUCGCGCUACAAGCUGCAGCCCGUGGACGACGAGGAGGGCUCCGACUACAUCAACGCCAACUACGUGCCCGGCCACAACUCGCCGCGCGAGUUCAUCGUCACGCAGGGCCCGCUGCACUGCACGCGCGACGACUUCUGGCGCAUGUGCUGGGAGUCCGGCUCCCGCGCCAUCGUCAUGCUGACGCGCUGCGUGGAGAAGGGCCGCGAGAAGUGCGACCGCUACUGGCCCUACGACACGCGGCCCGUGUACUACGGGGACAUCGCCGUGACGGCGCUCAACGAGUCGCGCUACCCCGACUGGACCGUGACGGAGCUCAUGCUAUGCCGCGGCGCCGAGCAGCGCGUGCUGAAGCACUUCCACUUCACGACGUGGCCCGACUUCGGCGUGCCCGACCCGCCCACGACGCUGGCGCGCUUCGUGCGCGCCUUCCGCGAGCGCUGCCCGGCCGACGCGCGCCCCGUCGUCGUGCACUGCAGCGCCGGCGUGGGCCGCUCCGGCACCUUCAUCACGCUCGACACGGCGCUGCAGCAGCUCGCGGCGCACGCCGACUGCCUCGACGUCUUCGGCAUGGUGCACGCCAUGCGCCGCGAGCGCGUCUGGAUGGUGCAGACGGAGCAGCAGUACAUCUGCAUCCACCAGUGCCUCGUGGCCGUGCUGGAGGGCCAGGACCUGGCCGCGCCGCCGCCGCACCACCACCACAACGCCGCCUUCGAAGGUACGAUCCCGCCUCCCUCGAGCGACGACUGAAAAUAAAUAUUCCCCUUCUCCU